AUGCCCCCCAUCCAGCCACGCUACCCCCACCUCUUCCUGCUGCUGCUGCUGGCCUGCCAGCCACAGACCCCCUCUGCUCAGGUGAUGGAUUUCCUGUUUGAGAAGUGGAAGCUCUAUGGUGACCAGUGUCUCCACAACCUGAGCCUGCUGCCCCCUCCGACUGAGCUGGUCUGUAACAGAACCUUUGACAAAUAUUCCUGCUGGCCGGACACCCCUCCCAACACCACGGCCAACAUCUCCUGCCCCUGGUACCUGCCCUGGUACCACAAAGUGCAGCACCGCCUCGUCUUCAAGAGGUGUGGGCCCGAUGGGCAGUGGGUGCGUGGGCCUCGGGGGCAGCCGUGGCGAAACGCCUCCCAGUGCCAGAUGGACAACGAGGAGCUUGAAGUGCAGAAGGAGGUGGCCAAGAUGUACAGCAGCUUCCAGGUGAUGUACACGGUGGGCUACUCCCUGUCCCUGGGGGCCCUGCUCCUGGCCCUCGCCACCCUGUUGGGCCUCAGUAAGCUGCACUGCACCCGCAACUACAUCCACAUGAACCUGUUCGUGUCCUUCAUGCUCAAGGCCAGCUCCGUGCUGGUCAUCGACACGCUGCUCAAGACGCGCUACAGCCAGAGGAUCGGGGACGACAUCAGCGUGAGCGUCUGGCUGAGUGAUGGGGCAGUGGCUGGCUGCCGGGUGGCCGCAGUGUUCAUGCAGUACGGCAUCGUGGCCAACUACUGCUGGCUGCUGGUGGAGGGCGUGUACCUGCACAGCCUGCUGAGCCUCGCCGCCGUCCCCGAGAGGAGCUGCUUCCCCCUCUACCUGGGCAUCGGCUGGGGUGCCCCCAUGCUGUUCGUCAUCCCCUGGGCCGUGGUCAAGUGUCUGUUUGAGAACAUCCAGUGCUGGACUAGCAAUGACAACAUGGCCUUCUGGUGGAUUCUGCGCUUCCCUGUCUUCCUGGCCAUCCUGAUCAACUUCUUCAUCUUCAUCCGUAUCCUUCACCUCCUGGUGGCCAAGCUGCGAGCCCACCAGAUGCGUUAUACUGACUACAAAUUCCGGCUGGCCAAGUCCACACUGACCCUCAUCCCUCUGCUGGGAGUCCACGAGGUGGUAUUCGCCUUUGUGACCGAUGAGCAUGCCCAGGGCACCCUGCGCUCCGCCAAGCUCUUCUUCGACCUCUUCCUCAGCUCCUUUCAGGGUCUGCUGGUGGCUGUUCUCUACUGUUUCCUCAACAAGGAGGUGCAGUCAGAGCUGCUGCGGCGCUGGCAUCGCUGGCGUGAGGGCAAAGCACUGCAGGAGGAGCGCCACGCCGGCAGCCACAUGACCAGGCCCCUCAGGGGCCCCCCCAGUGAGAAGCUGCUGCUUUCAAGGGGCAGUGGCAGCAAUGGGACCAGCCAGGACCCCUCUGCUGAGACCCGCUUGGCUGGUGGCCUUCCUGGAUCGGCCGAAAACCCCCAGUGAAGCCCCCAGAACUCCAGAGGCCCAGAGAGGCCAUCACCAGAAAUCUGGAACUGAUGUCCAACAAAGGCUAGAGUGUGGAAGCAAGACAGCACCCCACUGUCCACACAUUCCCCAGUGUGGUGGUCUGAGGGCACCUGCUCUGUGCCCAGGGGUGGGGGAUGGACUGUGGUGGGAAAGCUGUUCUGUGAACGUGUGCCCCUUUGUCAUCCUGGGUCAGUGUGUCCCCUUUCAAGGAAACA